AUGGAAGUUCAAACGGUUAAUAAUCACAUAAACAAUUCCCUGAUGUCACCAUUGUCAUCUGCCACAAAUUCGCAACCAAUGACAACCAGCAGCAACAACACAUCACCAUCAACACCGCCGCCACCAUCCACAGCCGUUACCACACCACCAUCAGUUACCACUCCUGCUGCUGCUGUACAUCUACAAAAAGCCGUUGCCGUCGCAAUGCAAAUGAACGAUAGCCUAACACAACAAUUAAGUCGCAGCGAUAGUCCAGCCAGUUCAAAUUCGGAAAUUGAAAAAGAAUUACAAGAUCUGGAUUUGAAUAGUUCCAUGAAUAGUGGCAGCGUAAGUUUGGGUGCCGAAUUAAAUUGUAAAUCGAAUGGUUCAUUAAGUGGUGCCUCAUCAUCGUCGACACAAGGUCUUGUGGGUGGUGUUACAGCGUUGGGUAAUGGCAACGAUAACAAUACGAAAGGAACUACAACAACAACGAAUGGAGCUGCUACACUGGCCGCUGCUGCUGUAACAGCAGCAAAUAUUAAAAAACGCAUUUCAUCGAGUCGAACACCAACACGAAAAGCUAGACGAAUAAAAUUUUAUCGUAAUGGUGAUCGUUUUUAUCCUGGCAUAACCAUUCCAGUUUCAAAUGAACGUUAUAGAUCAUUUGAAAGCUUAUUUGAAGAUUUAACAAGACUUUUAGAAGAAAAUGUUAAAAUUCCAGGUGCUGUACGUACCAUAUAUACCAUGUGUGGUAAAAAGAUCUCUACAUUGGAAGAAUUAGAAGAUGGUCAAAGUUAUGUGUGUUCCUGUAAUAAUGAAAAUUUCAAAAAAGUUGAAUAUAAUACAACAUCACAACCACUUACCAAUCUUUCGAUAUCCAAUAAAACAUCAAAUCGUCUAUCCAAAUACUAUAGACCAUCAUCGCCGCUUAAGAAUGGUUCAACAAAUACCAAUGCCGUUGGCAAUGGCAGCAGUUCGGCCACAACAAAUACAAACGGCAGUCCAAUUUUGGUAAAAAUGAGUGAACGCGAUAGUGUGGUACAUCCACGGAUCGUUACACUGAUACGAAAUGGUACACGACCACGUAAAAUAAUGCGUCUAUUGCUGAAUAAACGUAAUAGCCCCAGUUUUGACCAUGUCCUAACAGCUAUUACACAAAAAGUUAAACUUGAUACGGGUUAUGUACGUAAAGUGUUUACGCUGUCGGGUUCUCCCGUUACAAAUUUAGCCGAUUUCUUUGGUCCCGAUGAUGUAUUCUUUGCCUAUGGCACAGAGCGUGUCAAUAAUCCAGAUGAUUUUCGUCUGGAGGUUGAUGAACAGAAAGCAUUGCAGGCAAUACGUAAAAAUUUACGUACAGCUGGUACAACAUGUAAAGGCCCCAAACCAAAGAUGCCUGUUAAGAGCAAGAAGACCUAUGAUACCUCGGCUCUAGAUGAAGAGAAGCUGCUGAAUGAAAGUGGUAUUGAUCCCCAAGAACUGCCGGCUGUCAUACGUGAACGUUAUGUAUUGGGUCAAAUUAUUGGUGAUGGUAAUUUUGCCAUUGUCCUAAAAUGUAAAGAUCGUCAGAGUGGCUUCACAUAUGCUUUGAAGAUUAUCGACAAAAGCAAGUGCAAAGGCAAGGAACACUAUAUUGAUGAUGAGGUGCGUGUUAUGAAAAAAUUAUCACAUCCCCAUAUUAUUUCGUUAAUAAUGGAUGUUGAUCAACAAGCUAAUAUGUAUUUGGUGCUUGAAUAUGUUGGUGGUGGAGAUUUAUUUGAUGCUAUAACACGUGUUACCCGCUUCUCGGAAGAUCAAUCACGUGUUAUGAUUAAACAUUUAGCAUCGGCUAUGGCUUAUCUACAUUCCAUGAGCAUUGUACAUCGUGACAUUAAACCGGAAAAUUUACUGGUUGAACUUGACGAUAGUGGCAAUGUUAUUGUUUUAAAAUUAGCCGAUUUUGGUUUGGCCUGUGAAGUAAACGAGCCACUAUAUGCUGUAUGUGGUACACCAACAUAUGUGGCUCCGGAAAUCCUAAUGGAAACCGGUUAUGGUUUAAAGAUCGAUGUAUGGGCAGCCGGUAUUAUUUUAUAUAUACUCCUGUGCGGUUUCCCACCAUUUGUUUCGCCCGACAAUCAGCAGGAACCGCUGUUCGAUGCAAUUAUCUCCGGUAUUUAUGAAUUUCCCGAUCCCUAUUGGUCGGGCAUUGGCAAUGGUGUGCGCGAUCUCAUUGCCAAUAUGUUACAAUCCGAUCCAGAUGUACGUUUUACCAGCGAAGAUAUCCUUGAUCAUUAUUGGACAAUGGGUAAUGAUGACAUUAUCAAUGAAUAUAGCAGCUGAAUGAUAAACGA